AUGUCUCUGCAGCCAUUAACUGCGGUCAGCUGUUCUGGCCUGCUGCAGCCUGGUUGUUCUCUGCUACAGCUGGAUGGUGAUGUUUACCUGUUUGGCCAGAAAGGCUGGCCCAAACGCUCCUGUCCAACCGGGGUCUUUCUGGUGCGCAUAAAACACGGGGAGCUCAAGCUACGUGCUGUCUCGUUUUCCAACAACUCCUGCUACCUGCCCCCACUACGCUGUCCUGCUGUAACGUGUCUGGAACCACGUGAUGGAAACCCUAAAUGUUAUCUAAUCCACGGUGGACGUACUCCCAACAGCGAGCUGUCUUCCAGCCUCUACCUGCUGAGUGUUGAUAGCCGUGGCUCCAACCACAAGGUGACACUGCGAUGCCAGGAGAAGGAGCUGGUGGGAGAGCUCCCAGGACCCCGAUAUGGUCACACCAUCAGUGUCAUCCACAGCCAUGGCAAGAGUGCCUGUGUGCUGUUUGGUGGUAGGUCGUACAUGCCUGCUGGCCAGAGGACCACGGAGAACUGGAACAGCGUGGUGGACUGUCCUCCUCAGGUCUUCCUUAUCGACCUGGAGUUUGGCUGUUGCUCCUCUCACGUGCUCCCAGAGCUCACAGAUGGCCAGUCCUUCCACCUGGCACUAGCCAGAGAGGACUCUGUCUACUUUCUGGGAGGGCACAUCUUGUCGUCAGACUGCCGACCUCCUCGGUUGUUACGGUUGCAUGUUGAGCUUCUUCUGGGAAGCCCAGUUCUCUCCUGUGAGGUUCUUUACCAUGGCCUGUCUGUCACCAGUGCCAUUGCUGUGCCCCUUGGAUCUCCUCAUGAGUACAUCAUUCUCGGAGGGUACCAGUCCGAUACUCAGAAACGUCUAGAGUGCAGCUACGUGGUCCUGGAUGAUGCUGGCAUAAGCAUCGAGCCACGGGAGGCACCUCAGUGGACUGGUGAAAUCAGUCAGAGCCGAACUUGGUUCGGCGGAAGUCUGGGGAAUAGCUCUGCUCUGAUUGCUGUCCCCUCUGAAGGAAACCCUGCCCCACCAGAAUCCUGCUAUCUCUACCAAGUAAGCUUCCAGCAGGAGACUAAUGGGGAGGACGUGACCCAAGGUUGCAGUCAGGAGUCCACAGACUUUGAGGACUCUGCUCCUCUGGAGGACUCAGAGGAGCUGUACUUUGGAAGAGAGCCCUAUGAGCUAGAGUACAGCAGUGAUGGUGAAGGAGACACCUACAAUGAGGAGGACGAGGAAGAUGAGUCACAAACAGGCUACUGGAUCAAGUGUUGCCUCACCUGCCAGGUGGACCCCAACACCUGGGAGCCCUUCUACUCCACGGAGCUCACCAGACCAGCAAUGAUCUUCUGCUCUAAGGGUGAAGGUGGACACUGGGUCCACGCUCAGUGUAUGGAGCUGUCAGAGAGCCUGUUACUCCGUCUUUCCCAGAGCAACAGUAAAUAUUUCUGCCUGGAUCAUGGUGGCCUGGCCAAACAGGAGGCGACCCCACCGCGCCAAGUCAUGCCAUUGAAGAGGACACCGAUGAAGACGAUCCAUCGAAAGGCCCCCGUGGUGCUGAAAAUGACCCCAGCAAAGAAGAGCUUCCUCAGGAGACUCUUUGACUGA